CCUCCUCCCAAAUGGAUCAGCCAUGAACAUACCUUUACCUUCUUCACGCUCCCCAUCAUCAACCUCUACUUCAUUUCCCUCCACUCUCCACUGGGUUUCUCUACCUCCUUCCGCCACGGCCGCCGUUGCCACCUCCAAACCCACUCCUCAAUUUCGUGUAAGGACCGUUUCCCAACACCAAUCCUACCCCUCCACAGCCUCUUCCAUCACUGCCUGGCAACCACAACCCGAUGGCAGUUUCAAUGAACAAACCCUCCUCUCGCUCCUCCGCCAGAGGAGAACAGAGGAAGCUUGGAUUCAUUACACCAAAUCGACUCACCUGCCCAACCCCGCUUGCCUUAGCCGCUUAGUGUCCCAGCUUUCUUACCAAAACACCACUACUUCCCUCUCUCGCGCCCGCUCCAUCGUCACGCGCCUCCGCAACGAGCGCCAGCUCCACCGCCUUGAUGCGAACUCACUCGGCCUCUUGGCCUCCGUCUCUGCUAAAUUCGGGCACACCCUGUAUGCAUCCUCGAUCAUCAAUUCCAUGCUCCGCUCCGGCUACCUCCCUCACGUCAAGGCAUGGAGUGCGGUCGUUUCGCGCCUCUCAAGGGAGGAUCCUGCAGAGUCGAUAAAGCUUUUCAACUUGGUCACUGACCGAAUCCGCCGCUUUACAGACUCCGCGAUUGUGGCUGACUCCAAGCCUGACACAGCUGCUUUCAACGCGGUGCUCAAUGCUUGUGUUAAUUUGGGGGACAAGAGUAAGUUUCUGAAACUGUUCGAUGAAAUGCGUGAGUGUGGUUGCAAUCCUGAUGCCUUGACUUAUAAUGUCAUGAUUAAAUUAUGUGCUAGAGCUGGUAGGAAAGAUCUGCUGGUUUUUGUGUUGGAGCGGAUCCUUGAGAAGAGGAUCCCAUUUUGUAUGACCACUUUGCAUUCUCUUGUUGCGGCAUAUGUUGGAUUUGCUGAUCUUGAAGGGGCUGAAAGAAUUGUUCAAGCAAUGAGGGAGGGAAGGAGAGAUCUUUGUAAGAUUCUAAGAGACUUGAAUUCGGAAGAUUCAAGUCAAGUGGAGGAAGAUGAUGAACUUGAGACAGGUUUUAAUCGAAUCGAAAGAGAUGAUAUACUAGACAAGUUGCUUCCGAACUCAAUUGAGCCAAGCCACGAACCACCAUUAUUGCCAAAGGUCUAUACUCCUAAUUCGAGGGUUUAUACAACUCUAAUGAAAGGAUAUAUGAAAGCAGGGCGUAUCUCGGACACAGUGAGGAUGCUAGAGGCAAUGAGGCACCAAAAUGACAGUGCCAGUCAUCCUGACCAGGUUGCAUAUACUACUGUUGUUUCUGCUUUUGUGAAGGCAGGGUCGAUGGAUAGAGCUCGAGAAGUGCUAGCUGAAAUGUCAAGAACUGGUGUGCCUGCAAAUCGAAUUACAUACAACAUUCUGCUCCAGGGUUAUUGCCAGCAGCUACAAAUAGACAAGGCAAGAUUGCUUCUUAGGGAAAUGGCUAAUGCUGGGAUUGAGCCCGAUGUGGUUUCCUAUAAUAUCUUGAUUGAUGGGUGUAUAUUGAUUGAUGACAGUGGAGGGGCUUUAACAUUCUUCAAUGAGAUGCGAGCAAAAGGGAUUGCACCAUCCAAAAUUAGCUACACUACUCUGAUGAAAGCCUUUGCUUUCUCAGGUCAGCCAAAGGUUGCUAACAAGGUUUUUGAUGAGAUGCUUGAAGAUUCGCGAGUGAAAGUCGAUUUGGUUGCUUGGAAUAUGCUGGUUGAAGGGUAUUGUAGACUUGGUUUGGUUGAAGAAGCAAAGAAGAUAACUCAGAGAAUGAAAGAAGACGGGUUUUUCCCCAAUGUGGCUACUUAUGGUAGUCUUGCAAAUGGGAUAGCAUUGGCUAGAAAACCCGGAGAAGCACUUUUGCUAUGGAAAGAGAUAAAGGAAAGAUGCAAGGUGCAAAAACAAGGUGAGAGCUCAGAUUCAGAUUCUCCUCCACCUCUGAAGCCAGAUGAAGGACUUUUGGAUACUCUGGCUGAUAUAUGCGUGAGAGCAGCUUUCUUCCGGAAGGCAUUGGAAAUUGUAGCUUGUAUGGAAGAAAAUGGAAUACCACCAAAUAGAACUAAGUUCAAAAAAAUAUACGUGGAAAUGCAUUCAAGGAUGUUUACCAGCAAGCAUGCUUCACAGGCAAGGAAGGAUAGGAGGAUGGAGAGGAAGAGAGCAGCUGAGGCGUUCAAGUUUUGGUUGGGUUUGCCUAAUUCUUAUUAUGGGAGCGAAUGGCGAUUUGAACAUAUGGAUGGAGAUGAUCAUGUUGAUCGAGUGUAAUUAUUUAGUACAUUAACUUAUACAAUGUCAAUUUGAUUGAAAUAUGAUAAACUUCGGUUCUUUCUAUACACAAAAUAAUCUGUCAAAUGAAUUCCAAGCAGUGAAGGCAAUAAGGAAUGCUUUCCUUUACGAUUUACGAAGCAAGUUCAUCCAAGCUACAUUACAGAACCUUCGCAAAAUUAUAUGAACGAGCAAUGAAAGUCUAACUGAUUGACAAUGCUUCAAAACUCAACUUCUUGACCUCGAUGAUUGGCUCCGUGAAUAUGAUGAAGAUAGCACCUACACAAGAAAGUUCGAUCAAUAUCAGUCAUGACUCAUGCAUAAAAAAAGUCCGUCACCAGUUCAUUUUAUUUAAGUCUUUUUGUUAACAUCCAUGCUAAGAACACUCUGGAGCAGAAGUCAAGGUGUAUUUGAAUGUAUGACUCAGUUUCUUAAGUUUUUCUAAUGUCUGCAACUGAUGUAGA